AUGGCGCCAUACAACUAUAGCAACUACUACGACCCCGUGGGCAGCCAGAGUAACAAUCAGCCGCAGGGCUACACAUACCGGACGAACAAUUCCUCCCAGUACCCCAAUCAGGCAAACUCCAACUACCAGACGAACUACAACCAGACGUAUGACAACAACAACAACAACUACGCGAACCAGCAAUAUAGCGCAAACACGCAGCAGGGAACGGCAGCUGCUACCUCGACGAACCGCAAUGCGUCAACGCUGGACUCUCUUACCAACCCGACCUACAGUCAACAGAACAGCACGGGCAACAGCAACAGAACAUCUGGCAACAAUGUCGCGUCUUCAUAUGACAACAACACAUACUAUGCCUCAGCUGGUUUUGCCGCUCUGAAUGAUCGGAGUCAGUCGAACAACUCUCCACUUUACGCAACCAACACUGGCGCUUCUACCUUCGGCAGGUUGAGCCUCCCCGACCAGUCGCAAUCUUCGACGACGUUCAGCAACAACCAGCCCUACCAGACGACGUCCUCAAAUGCAAGUACUCAAUAUCGGAAUGCGCCCUCCAGUGCGAGCUCCCGUUCGUACAAGAAUGCUUACAACCAGGCGCAGAAUCAGACACAACCUCCGCAGCGUUAUGCAAGUCCUUUGCAUGCGGUGCAGGCACAGCAACAGCAUCACGGACAUAACAAGCAGCCGUCGCGAUCUUCGAACCCUCAGCCAUCACCUCAGAUGAGCGUUCAGAACGUGCAGCAGCAGCAAUAUCAGCGACAGACCAGCGCUUCGGUAGAGCCAUCACCAACCACCGUCGAUCCAACGCAGGUGUACGACUUCCGGGCUGAGCAGCAGCGGAAGGCGCAAGCGGAAGCUGAGAAACGCAGAAAGCGAGAAGCUGAGAGAGCAGCGCGCAAAGCAGAGGAAGACGCCCGCAGACAAGAAGAGGAGAGGCGUAUAGCGGAGGAGGCUGCUAAAGAGGAAGAACAAGAACGUCUCGAGAGAGAAUCGCGAGAAGCCGAGGAGAAGGCGAAAAAGGCCGAGGAAGAAGCGGCUAACAAGAAAGCGGCUCAAGCCCGUAAGAACGAGCAGAGACGCAAAGCCCGAGAGGAAAAGCGACAAAGUCAGACUGCUGCAACAGCAUUGACUCAGAUGGCAUCUGGAUCGGCGGCGGAUGCUGCCAUCGCAGGCAUGCCAGGUGUUGGCGACAUGUCCGGGCCGCCAGCCAAUGAUGAAGAAGCGGACAUGCGCGCCAUGUUCAAGAAGAUGCGCGAGUUCAAUGCGCGGAAUCCAGAUAUGCUGGCGAAGCUGUGGGAGGAGGAGCGACAGACUCAUGCCGCAACUCAAGGCAGUCCUGCUCAGCAGUCUCCAGCUCAGCCGACCCCCAAACCUGCCCAGCCUGCGGCGGCUGCCAAAAAACAACCUGCGGCAAAGACUACUCCAGCCCAGCAAAGUCAGCCAGGACGGCCUCCCAAAUCCGCUGCUGCACAGCCAGCAACGCAGACUCCCGCUCAAAAGUCGGCGACUCCAGCACAGGCGGGCGGAGCUCUAUGGCCACCAGACAAGAAGGGAAAUCUUGCUGAAGCCGCUGCGAAAUGGCUGAACAAUCUCCCGCAGAACCGCUCUCUAGGACGAAGCGUUAGUAGAGAGCAGGUGCUCAAGAUUCUUGACGGCAACCCAGCAUACGUGCAGCUCUGCGAAUCGCUUGAGGCGAUUGGAAUCAGGUUUGGACGCUCUGACUUGGCACAAGAGCUGCUCAAAGCUGUUCCUGAGGUGCGUCAACAGAAGCAGGUGCCUUCUACUAUCAAUGGACAGGCCACCGCCGCCGCUGCAGCUCCGAACCAACCUCCAGGCGAGACGCAGAAGAAGAAGGGAGGCCGCCCGAAGAAAGACCAGCCUGGUAACUACAGCCUGGGGAAGCCCUCGCAAGGCAAUGGUUCAGUUAGCUACCAAGCUCCUGUUUUCUCUCUCACUAAUGCUGCACGGGAGGUGAACAAGAUGGACACUACCGGAGCCACUUUGGGCGCUCAGUCGUCACUUGCGUCUGCUAUUGCGAGCGCACAGGGACCAUCCGAUCUUCAGAGUCCAUAUUUCACAGAUCAUCACAUGGUCGAUGAUGAUGUCCAGCCGGUCGAGGUCAAAGAUGAGGAGAAGCCGGAAGAGCCGCCAAAGCCGCCAGCCGACAAAGAGGAAGCAGCUCGAAAGCGAACGUUCAACGAUCUCGUCGAUUUGACCAAGGACAAUGAUGAUUCUGACGAUGAAGGCCCUCCACGAAAGAUCCAGCAGCCUCUUGCAGGACCAUCGAAUGGCGUGGUCAAGCACCAAGCUCAGCCGAACGGGUUUAACAAACCCAUGACGUUCCAGCAAUUCUUGAAUCGUACUCAGCCUGUACCAAAUCCUACCCCGUACCAAGAUCCGUGUGGUCCGCAUAUGCAGCAGACCCAGCCGAGACCGAUGCCGCCGACUGUGCUACCGUCGAACAAGCCCAGGCCAUCCGGGCCAACAGAGGAGCAGAAGCAGCACGAGCGCAUGAAAGGAAAAAUCCUUGUAGAGCCGAUUAUGCGCGAUCGUGUUGCGCGUAAGUCGAAAUACGACAGCCGAACCAUUGCUCGAGACGUUUUGCUUGCCACCGGCCGUCAUCCAGACAUGCGUCCCCUCAAUGCCCACCUCAGUACUAUGCAGAGACUGCUAGCCGACCAUGGUGGUGCUAUCGAUGGCACGGGCAACAAGAGCGACCUCUCGACUAUCAAGUGGGACAUCAUCGAUCCAGGUGAACCUGCUGAAGAUGCCAAAGCCAAGGCCAAGUCAGCUGCCGAGCGUCGUGAGAAAGCCAUUGCUGGCGCCGGGGAUGUCGAAGGUGAAGCCGACGAUGAGGGCGAAGGGCUUCAGUCUCGUGCCCAGGAUGCCCUUCGUAAGAUCAGAAACGGUGAGGACCUUCGAGAAGAAGACUUGUCCAAUAUCGAGGAUCCGAUGGUCCGGAAGCAGAUCAAGAACAGGCUCAAGGUGCGAAAGCAGAGUGAGAAGUUCCGUGAGAGCGGAGGAGAAGUGACUCAGGACAAGGACGGCAAUUAUGUUUCGGUGCAGCAGCAAAUCCGGGAAGGCGCUAACCCGAAGCGAGCCCGCGGUCGCCCACCUAAAAGCGCGACCAACAGUGCGCGUGCAUCUCCUGCCGUUAACAAUCCUGACAUCACCAACAACAACGACAUUCUUGGAAGCGACCUGACUCCUAACAAAGGUAAAAAGGCGCGCGUUUCCGUGUCUAAAUCCUCCCCAAGCAUGGCAAGCGGCUCGCCCGCAGUGGGCUAUGCCGCCUUUCGCCAAGUGGAUGAGAAUGGCAACGUGAUUAAGAAGAAGGGUCGUCCUGUCGGAUGGCGAAAGAACAUACACUCACGUGAAGCAAACGGCUUGGAAGCAGCAAAGUCAGCAAGCGGGCACAAGCCUUCUGGCAGCCGCCUGCGAAAGUCGACUGGAGCAACACCAAUCAUGGAGACUUCUGUGCAGCCAGUAUACCAAGUCUACAAGUGCCAGUGGAGGAACUGCACUGCGCAACUGGACAACUUGGAGCGGUUGAAGAAGCACGUAGUGAAGUUACACGGAACGCAGACUGAAGACAACCACUUCGAAUGCCAGUGGCAGCCAUGUCAAUCACAAGGCAAGCGCCUCGACACGAAUGGCAUGUUGCAGGGAGAAAACGCGACAUUUGACGACAUAGCGGACUGGCUGAAGCAUGUGACCAAGCAACAUCUGGACGAAGUGGCGUGGAAGUUGGGUGAUGGGCCUCGAGGUGGCAGCGUUUCAGAACUACCGUCCGAUUCAGAAGCAUGGCUUUCCGACGCCAAUGGCCGUUCCGUCACGCCGCUGAUUGUGCCCAUGUCUGAGCGGCAGACGGAGGAACCCCAGUCCAAAGUCAAGAAGUUCCCUGGCUUCUCUUCAGACGGUCCAAUGACCAAGGAGCAGCGUGAAGCUGCUGCUGAGCUUCAGAAGCUGAGGGAUCAGAAACUGAGGGAAGGUGUGAUUAUGGGGCGAGAGGGGAGUCGGCUGGCAAAUGACAAGCGGAGAAGGGGGUUUUUGGAUGAUGAGGACUUCGAGGAUGUGAUCUACGAUAGCGACUGA